UCGAAGGCGGGCUGCUAUCGGUAGACUGGCACAUCAUCAUCAUGCAGGAUACAUUGUUGCGGCUGCAAUGAUGUACGAGAAGGAAUAAGAAGAGGCGCUGCAUGAACAGCGAGAGAUUUUUCGGCUUCACACCUAUCAUCACAAACCCAUAAUGUCGGGCGGGGAUCUCCGCGUUCUUCACCAAGAGCCCGGGCAGGAGAGCCCGAGAAUGCCGGCCUGGAAACGCGAGAUCCUUGAGCGGAGGAAGGCAAAGGGCGGCGGGUCCGGAGCAGGUGCCGAGUCCGUCGCAUCUCGACUUAACGGCGAGGUAACAGGCAGCAAAAGCAAGGAUGAUAUUACCAGCACACCUCCUAGCAGGAACUAUUCCGUUACUGCUGCCAAUCGCUCGACCAAAAGCCCGGAUCUAUCGCCGGUAAAAACAAAAGAGCACUGGCCAUCCGCGGAGCCGAGCGAGUCGGAGGAGAGAACGACAACAGACAACGGAGGAGCGCAGGAGAGCCUGGUGCUACAAGAGAGUUUGGGUCCGCUGCAGGAAAACCCAUUCAUUAAAUUGGAGAAGGAACGCAAGAAGCGUCAGAGCCAAGAGAUCGCCUCACGACCCGUUCAGCACAUACUCGAGUUGUACGGCAGCGUUCCCGGGAUACGGACUAUACGCGCUGAAAACAUCAUCAUUAUUGAAUCCGACCCGGAGUACUUUCCGGAAGGAUGUGGUUUGAAGCAUUCAUCGAAACUGCAGCAGAACGGCACGGUGAGCGGAUACAGCUCUCUCAAUGACUUGUUAGAUCGGAGAGGUAGUCCGGUUACGGAGAUACGCGCAAAGGAAGUGGUCAUUUACGACACUGCGCUUAGUAAAAGCGAGGAGAACCUCAGCACGCUGGUUUCCGCCCCGCUGGAGGGGCAGGGGAGGGUGAGUCGCAUGCUACAGAAAUUUGACAGAAAUUAUGGCAAGCUGCAGCCCAGGUCACGUAGCACUGAAAACCUCCUGGACUUGGAUCCUACCCCUGUCAGGCCAAACUCCAGACCUAAGCCAGAUGUGGUGCCAAAAUGUCCAGUGUCUCCGCAAGCUGGCUCCUCGCACAGCAAGGUCUUCCAAAACGUCCAGUCUUCCUUAAGCAAUCAUCACACCUCUCCUAGUGACUCAGGGAGCAGUACACCUCUUUCUGGAUCCCCCCAGUUAGUGUCUUCCGCACGCAGACGUUUUGAGGGGAGUGGGGGACGAAGUGUCACUGUCCAUCCCAAGGAAGACAGUGACAGGUCUCCAUCCAAACCUGUUCGAGAACGGGACUGGGACAGCACAGAUGGGGCCUCCAAAGCAAAGGUGCCAUGCUCUCCGGAGAGCCACCGUUCCCGUGCCGACUGUACUUCGAGCCCUAUGUCACCUCCCUUGUCACCCAGCUUUGAGAUCCGUCCAUCUCCUCGGCCGGAUAUUUCUCUUCUUCCAGCUGGUGAUCUACAGGCCCGUGCUCUCGCCAACUUGCGUCUACAGUCUCGCAAUUCCUUUACCGUCAUUCCCAAAAGUCGCACAGCCAUCUCUUCACCUGGCAGCACUGCUCCAUCCAGCCCUGUUCUUUCCCCCUCAUCCCCACGACCUUUGGUGGGUGUGGCAGCUUCAGAGCCAACAGUGCCAACCCCUUCACCUGCUUCUUUUACACCACCUCCAUCAAAGCUUACGGAAAAGGUGACUGUAGAAGCCAAAACAGGGUCUCCCCAACAUAGCCUACCCGCCAUAACCCCCUCCCCAGUUUCUCAACCCUCAAUUGGCUUACCCGUUUAUUUAGACUCGCCUCUGGAGGACCCUCCGGUUGAUAAGCUGCCUAUAACAAACAUUGAUGAUAUAGUUGUGGAACCCACACCACCCAUCCCCAGCCCUGCGAUGCAGAGGCGCAAAGGGAAUACAUUUACAGUCGUCCCAAAACGGAGGCCUGAGACCCAGUCUAGCCCUUCUGAGGCCCCAGAAGUUGUCACCGAAUCUCCAAGCACACCACAGGCCCCUUAUGCUCAUCUGGGUACCCUGAUUAAAAAGCGUUACCCUGCUGCAGAAGAAAUUGAGGUCAUAGGGGGCUACCUGUCCCUUGGGCGAUCCUGCCUCACAAAGACCGGCUCAACUGGAAAAAAGUUAAAAAUAUCCUUCAACGAGUCCAGUCUGCAGAGUACCUUCGAAUACCCGGCUGAGGGCAGCGCAUGGGACAGCGGAGAGGACGAGGAGGAAGCUGAAGAAAAAGGAGGAGAAGAUGAUGGAGGGAUCAUUACAGGGAGGAUAAGCAUUCCUCGCGCCAGCUACACCAGCUCACCCACUCACUCCAGCAACUCCACGGAUCUGUCCAGUUAUACACCCAAACACUCAGUAGAGUUUAACGCCUGGCAAGAACACAAGCUUGAUGAGUCUACUUCAGAAGAUACUUCACAGCCUACAGAGGAGGUCAUGCUCACACCUGCUGAUAGCUCCUCUUUAUCAGACUUCAGCAGUGAACCAGCCCUCUACUUCUAAACCUUCCAGAUGUCUGGAAGAAACGGGACCAACCACUGCCUGGUAGCACCAACCUGGAUGCAAAGGAACAUCCUCCAGGACAAUGGGACCAGUAGCAAGCAGCACUGCAAACAUACAUUCCAUAUAUCUGUGUCUGUACGCCAUCAACGUCAACAGCAGAACUGUCCUGUUGCCACCGCUUCGAUUGUGAUGGACAUUUUUUACCGGCUUGAAUAGCCUUUCCACUCUUAAAUAACAUACUUCCUCUAUGUAUGUAAUACUCACCUCAUGAAAGUGACCAAAUUUCUAAAAGAGGGAAUGACUGUCCUUACAGUAGGAAGAGAAGCUGAGAGUGUUACGGGACUUCAGAACGAGGACAAUAAAAGGGUGAAGUGAUUAAAAAAAACUAAAUAAGUGACUUUUUAAAGAAUGAUUGGUGAAAGGGUGCCACAAACCUUGUUCUUUGUGAUGUUUUUUUGUAUGUAUGUGCAUGUGUAGGUCUGUUUUGACAGAAUUCCUUCACUUUAGUAUCAUUUGCUCUGUUUGUAUGUCUGUGUUUUGUUCAUCGUAGACAAAUUUGAUGCAGACCGAUAUAUUACACAGUGGAAAUACUAACAACAUGUUAGUGUUGACUUAGCGAUUCUAGAUCUGUUUUUAGGAGCAGCUCUUUAUUAGUCAAUUAGGUUGGUAAUAACAUCCAUUUUGCUUUGAUUUGUUUUCAUGGUAAGAGAAUUAAUUUAUAACUCCAACAAAACCUGAAUCACAAUUGGUCACAUUUGAGAUUACCAAUGCAGUUGUCAAUAAAUCUGUGAAGCCAUACCCAGGUUACAUUUUAUCCCAAUAAUAAUAAUAAUAAUAAUAAUAAUAGUAAUAAUAUAUUUGGCAUAAAUUACCGCCGUUUUUAGUAACAUGUAUCCAUCUUUUACUUUUAGGGUGAAAUAUGAGCUGGGAAUGUUCUUGACAAGUUUUGUGAGAUUUAUGCAGUGACCUACAUGUGUUUUAGCCAUUUUAAGCUUGGUGUUACCAACAAACACACCAGUUUGUCCAUAAUCAUGCUUCAGUUAUAUCCUUACGUAUUUUAAACCGAAUGUUCUUGCAGUACGAAUGGGUUUUGCAGUCAGCAAAAAUUAUGUUGUGGGUUUGUGAGUGGGCACGCUCUAUGCUUGAGCUGCCUGUGUGUGCGCGAAACAUUUGGACUACAUACACACAAUGCCAACUGACUUUAAGUGUGUGUAAUCUAAUAAACGGCUCCGGCGUAUCUCC